CCUCCCUCCCGAGGAAAUAGUAUAUUAUAUAUAGAAUACCAGAUCGCUUUCCAGUGCCAGCUUCUUGUUCAUGCUAAACUACACUUUCAGUGACAUAGUCUCGGAAAGCCACAGCAAUCGCAUUUGUGGAAGUCAAUUCUCAGCAAAUUGUCAGAAUCAUCAUGUCGUCUUCAGUCGAAAUUCCUAAGAAGCACAAGGCGGCAGUCUAUGACAAGCCUGGAUCUAUAUCAACCAGUGUGAAACUGGUGGAAACGCCAGAGCCGGGAUUCGGCCAGGUUCUGAUUAAUCUGACUCAUUCCGGAGUCUGUCACUCCGAUUUAGGUGUCAUGACAAAUUCCUGGAAGCCGCUGCCGUUCCCAACUCAGGAAGGGCAGGUUGGAGGCCACGAGGGUGUUGGUGUGGUCGUGAAACUUGGACCUGGAUGCGAUAAUUCACAAGUCAAAGUAGGGGAUCGUGUUGGAGUCAAAUGGGUUGCCGCUGUGUGUGGAACAUGCUUGCCUUGCCUUUCGGGGUCUGACGGCCUUUGCCUGAAUGGAAAGAUAUCAGGCUAUUAUACCCCUGGUACCUUUCAGGAGUACGUUCUGGGGCCCAUCGAUUAUGUGACCCCAAUUCCAGAAAGUGUCCCGUCCGAACUAGCAGCACCUAUGCUUUGCGCCGGUGUAACGGUGUAUGCGGCCCUCAAACGCAGCAAGGCGCAAUCUGGUGACUUCGUCGUUAUUUCAGGGGCGGGAGGUGGUCUUGGACAUCUUGCCACACAGAUUGGAAGUCGUGGCCUUGGGUUUCGCAUAAUUGGAGUCGAUCAUGGCAGCAAAGCCGACUUGGUGAAAGAGAACGGUGCAGAAGCUUUCGUGGAUAUAACCCAGUUUCCGAAGGACGAUAAUGGCGCCGCCAUUGCAGAGCAUGUCAAAUCUCUGACCAACGGCCAUGGUGCCCAUGCCGUAAUUGUCUGCACGGCAUCCAAUAUUGCCUAUGCGCAAGCAAUUCCUAUGCUCCGCUUUAAUGGCUCCCUGAUCUGUGUAGGCGUUCCUGAGGGCGACUUGGUGCCCAUUGCCACAGCAAGCCCGGGCCCUCUUGUGCUUAAGCAGAUCUCAAUCGAGGGAUCCGCGGUUGGAAAUCGACGAGACGCCCUUGAGGUCUUAGACUUUGUUGCCCGCGGCAUCAUCAAACCUCAUGUUCGAACGGAGAAGCUGGAGAAACUAACAAGCAUUUUUGAGGAGAUGCACUGUGGUAAGCUCAACGGACGAGUGGUUAUAGACCUAUCUUAA